CAUCUCAGUCAGCUGUGUCCAGCUGAACUGAUUCAUGUAGUGUGUGUUUACAGUUUUGUGUAGACAAAGUUAUUGUUUACGUGAACAAUUGUGCGAAUGACUAUGGCGAGUGAUCGGACAAAAGGGCUUGCUGUUGAAUUCACUGAUCUUGUAUACAAAGUUGACAAGAAGACUAUCCUAGAUGGUGUCUGUGGAAGGUUCCGUCCUGGCCACCUCAGUGCAAUCAUGGGUCCGUCAGGCGCAGGGAAGACAUCCCUCCUUGAUAUUCUCUCUGGCUUCUUAUCCCCUCAAAAUCUGUCAGGAACUAUCAUGGUUGGAGAUGAGCCCAGGAGCACUAGCAAACUGAAGAAGCAGUCUUGCUACAUAACGCAAGAGUUCAGCAUGCUAGACUACCUUACUGUCAGAGAAACUCUACUCAUCGCUGCCAGUCUGAAACUACCCCUUAGAGUGUCCAAGAAGAAGAAACACAUGGUGGUAGAAGAAGUGGCCAAAACCUUAGGAUUGACGGGAGUGCUGGAGUCCAAAGUCCACUCUUUGUCUGGGGGUGAGAAGAAGCGGGUGUCAAUCGGAAUGGAACUGGUGACCAACCCUCCGAUCAUGUUCUUUGACGAACCAACAAGUGGUUUGGACAGUUUUUCCUCUCUCCAAGUGAUGACACAUCUCCAGAGCCUGGCCCAUGCAGGCAGAACCGUCAUCGUAGUCAUACACUCUCCCAGCUCUCGGCUGCUGGAGCUGCUUGACGACCUGCUGCUGCUCUCUGGGGGAAGGUGUUUCUACAACGGCACCCUCGAAGAUCUGCUCCCUACCCUUAGUGCCAUCGGACUGCAGUGUCCUCAGUAUUAUAACCGUGCUGAUUUCGCUUUGGAAGUGGCUUGCAAGGAGAGAGGGGACCACAUUGAUGAGCUGGUAACCAUGGCAGUUCAAAAACACCAUAAACGAAGUGGCAGCUUUUACAAAGAUGAACACAUUACCUUGUCAUCCUGCAACGAUAAGUCAGUUGCCAAUGAGAACAGUUGUAUGUUGACCAAUAACAAGGAUGGCUUAGUGACAAUCAAUUUAAUGGGAAAUGGAGAAUCAAUCAAAACAGAAUUGCGCAAUAUGAAAGAAGAAGGCACUUAUGCUGUACCAAGGUUCACACAGCUUCAAAUAUUGUUGAAACGUUCAGUUAUAUGCAAUCUUAGAGACUUGAGACUGGCCUUCCUAAGGGUUACAGCCCAUAUUUUAGUGGCCUUGCUAUUAGGAGUUGUUUAUUACGAUUUUGGAAACGACGGAUCCAAGGUUUCCAGUAACUACUCGUGUAUAUUCUUCAUCGUAAUUUUUCAUUUCUAUGGAACAGCAAUGCACACCACUUUAACGUUUCCCAUGGAAGCCAGUGUGAUAGUAAGAGAACAUUUCAACAAUUGGUACUCGUUGAGUAUGUAUUACUUGGCUAAAGUACUAGCAGAUCUUCCACUCAUGGUAUUAUGUCCUACACUGUUCUUGUCCAUCACAUACUAUCUGACAGGUCAGCUGUUAGUGUGGGACAGAUACCUCAUGUUUCUGUUGAUUAGUGUCACUCUCACUAUUCUGGCUCAGACUAUCGGCUGCGCCUUUGGAGUUGUCUUCCAUCCUCAGUUGGCCAUAUUUCUGGUGGCGUCUUGUACAAUGCCCAUGUUCCUCAUCUCUGGUUUCUUCAUCCAUCUCAAUGACCUCUCUCCAUACAUGAGGUGGCUGUCGUACUUCAGCAUCUUCCGCUACAGUCUGGAAGCAGCAGCUCUGACAGUGUUUGGGUUUGACCGCGGCCUGUUAGACUGCCAGGAAGACUACUGUCACUUUCGUAGACCAAAGAAGUUUCUAGAAGAAAUGGGACUUGAACAGGGAAGCUACUGGGAUAACGUCUGCGUCCUCAUCUUUGGAGUUAUCUUAAGUCAAAUGGCUCUCUAUUUCACUCUUAGAUAUAAAAUUACUAGAGCAAAGAAGAGGUAAAUGUUAUACUUGUUAACUGUAAAUAGUAUUAGAAUCGUACUUUAAAAGUACAUUGUUUCAAAGACAAGAUAAAUUUUACCUGUGCACAGGUAUGUAUUGAAAAAUAAUCAAGGGCUACAAAGUAGCCCCUGUAUAGUAAUUUACUCUACGUGAUUAAUUUGUUUCAAGUAAAUUUACAAAGAUGUUAAAAUCUGAAAAAAGUAUUGAAUAUAGUGGUGAGAUUUCACCUCAUAGAAUACAUUGUCAGGCAAAUAAUUGUAUAUUUGCUUGGUUAUACAUUGGCUGCUUACAACUCUAAAUAAUAGUAAAAUUUUACUUGAAACAAGUUAAUUGGCAAGAUGGGAAGAGAAACUGGAACUAAAUCAAAACACUUAGAAAACACAUUCCUCCUCAAGCUCAGCUUGCAUAGCAAGUCUUCCUUUCUUGCUUCCAAAAAUCAAACUGAUUGUAGCUUAAAAGCUUUUAAAGCCUCACCAUGUGAUAUUUUAUACGUUUAGCUGUUACGAUACAUAUUUUAGACUAUAAGACAAACUUAAUUUUCAAGCGUUUUAAGUUUAUGUAUUUUUAAAUGAAUACAUCUCGGGGCGACACCUUUGUCUGAACUAAAAUAAGUUUGAAUGAUCAAUACAAUAUUUUUGGAUUUGUUUCAAAACUACACAAUAUGUAUACAAUAUUACCAAUUAAAUAGCUCUGCCAAACAACGUUGCAUUUGAUAAGAGUUAAUAUCUUCAAAACACCCAAAAAUGUUCUGGCUGUGCCAGUGCCAACACGACCAUUUUCCCACAGAUUCAAUCGCUAAGUGCUGCCAACCUAUGUAUUUUUAAACACGAAAUAUCCCAGGCAGUAGAGAAUGUCAUUCGCAUUGUUUUUUUUAUAUCAAUUUUAUUUAACAAAAUAUGUUGUCUGCAUGUUUUUUAGCAGAUAUAUUGUAUUAAUUCAGCUGUACUUAUCAAACAGUGAUUGUCUCUUAACAUGACCGUGGAUAAAGCGCUGUGUGCAUUAGUCGUAAGCAUUUAUUCGUCCAAUCCAAAUGAGAGAGUCAACUGAAAACUGAACCACAAACUGAACGCGUCCAUUUUUUUUUUUAUUUUUUUUAUUUAAGAGGUUGGCAGCCUCUUUUAACCUUGCAUUUGCCCGUCCACAUAGACUAAGCGCCCGUGCGUGGAUCGUUUACAGCAAAGCAAGGAGUGAGCCGGUACAGUACAAAGGUGAACUGUACUGAUAAAAUGUUAUCGGCAGUGACCAGGAUCCGAACCCACGACACUACUGCCUUGAGCCCGAAGUCCGCGACGCUACCGACUGAGCCACCGACUCACUAACAUCUGGUCUCAUUGUCAUCUGGUUAACAAAUAUCUAAGAUAAAACUUGCUUAUUUAAAUACCUCAUGUUCACUAGCCUGGGUGAGAAAGUAUAAAAUUGAGAAAUUGACAAAUCAAACUUCUCUUUACAAAGCUAGAAAAUCCUACCCAAUUACUGAUUCAUUCUGUUUUCCUUCCAUUGCCAUUGUGCUUCCAUAGAUCAUGUUUUUGGUUACUAUUUGGUCUUAAGUACCCUAACCAUAUUGCAAUUUUACUAAAACAGAUCAAGUCAAAAUUUCUGCUACGGCCAAUUUACAUGAUGGAAAUGCUAUCGAUGAAUCACUUAUGCUAUACAAUUGUUAAAAUCACAAUUAAUGUCGCCAUUUCAAUUUAAAAUACCUAUAUUAAGUAUUAGUAUAGUGCAUCGUUUCUUAUGUGCUUAGGACAACUAAUAGUUUUUGUGCCUUGUUCAUCAAUAAUUGUUCACAUAUCUUCCGCAUACUCUUGUUAUAGGAUUUGAAAGUGUAAUAUUCUGCCAUAUCUUUGUUUUUAUGCUGUAUCUGAAAAUUGUCUGAGAAAACCUUGGUACGUAAUGUUCGUGAUAGACCAUUAAAAUAAAAAUUUGAUAUAGUUAUGAGUUUUGACAAGUAUUAUUUUUAAUUUUUAAUAGCAUUUCUGUUUUUAAUGAAAUAUUUUGUAUUAAUCACUUUUAUUAACGCAAACUUGUUUUUAUGUUUACUUGAUCUGCGGCAAUGUUGUUUUUCAUUAAAGUCCUGUAAAGUGUGUAUGUCGUAUGAGUAUUAAAAAUGAAUACAACUUAAUUCUACAGCAGUGCCUUAAAUUACAUGACGUUAUGUUUAUCUUAGUAUUAGAAGUUUAAAAAAAGACAAUGCCUCAAUUCAGAUUAUUAUUUGGAUUCAAUUUUGUACAAAUGUGAUUUGUUGGAAGAUGGCUGUUCAGAAUCAGACAUCCCCGAAUUCAAAUGUAAAAAGUAGGUUAACUUGUUCUUAGAGAAUAAAAUCUCUCGCCUUUAGUCAUUGAGAUAUUUAACAAUUGCAAUAAGUAUAUAUUUUUUCCUCCUUUGAUUUGAAAUAUCACUCUUACUAGCAUUCAUGAUAUACACAAUAUUAAAUGUAUAUUAAAUACUGCUACAGCAGGUUUCUUCUUCAUAGAUUUCACAAAGCACACAAAAUAGUAUUCCCUCAUCAUUGCCUGUAGCAUAUUUAAACAUUCAAAAAAGGUUAAAACUCUGGUACUACAGGCUAUGAACUAGUAAAAUGGCUGUUAAUUUUUUUACAAACCCAAAUAUGCAAAAUCAAAAUACAGUACAUAUUUCUUUAUGAUAAAUAAUGUUCAUGUGUUGAAUUGUGCAGUAUAUUAUUUUUAUAGUUCCUGUAAGAUAUUUGUUUAGUAUUCAUUUAAUAAAUUAUUUAAGUAAGAUG